GAGGACGUUCCAUGUCCAUCGUCUUUAUCGGUUAUCAAAGACAGGACACAAGGGGAAACUCUACAGGACGCCUUCUGUCUAGCGGAUGACCUCUCCUCUGACGAAGAGUAUUACAUAGAAGAAAGCAAAGCAUCACGGUUUAAGAAAUCUGGCAUGAGACGCAUCAACAACAUAAAAAAGGCGUUUUCCAGAGAGAACAUUCAGAAGACAAGGCAAAAUUUUGGCAAGAAGGUGGACAGACUUCGAACAAGAAUAGUGACGCCAGAGAGGAGAGAGCGAGUCAGGCAGUCAGGAGAGAGGCUCAGACAAUCUGGGAUCAGGUUCAAGAAAACUAUAUCCAAGGCGGCCCCAACCAAGGAGACAUUCAAGAAAAAUAAGAAAACCAAGGAGCCAACGACAACUGAAGAUCAAGGAAGAGUCCGGGACGCCAGCACUGAUACAGCCGUGGACAGUGCAGAGGCUGAACCUGUCACAGAGGAAAUUUCCUACACUGAAGUGAUAACCAAAGUGAAGAAAGACCGGGGCGGGAACUCCAAAGGCCCUUUGCAGGCAGAGAAGAGAGCAAUUACUCCAGAAAAAAUUGUGCUCCGACCAGAAAUCAAAGAAGACGAGGAUGCCCUUCUACUGGAUUUAAAGCCAUCUGCUUAAGCGGGCAAUGUCUGUCCUACCGUGUUGGUGCCAUGGUGGUGGGGGAAGAGCAAUCCCUAUAAAUUGGAUAGAUUUAGACUGUGGUUUCCAGUGUUCCCUGAGGUCAUUCCUCCCGCGCUGAUUUCCCUGCAAGCCUUUGUGUGAUUUUGACACACAGUCUGCUAAUGGUGU